GAAUUAUCUGCGUGUGAGAGUCGGUCGCUUUCUGAUGAAUUCAUUGGCGGUGGAAUUGGGACCUGAGGGUAAUCUAUCCCCUAGAGGCAGGCUCUUACACCCUAAGCCUUCAUCUAGGGAGGACGGAUUUAUCUGCCACGAGUGCACAUUCUGAAAACAGAUUGAAUUAGUUCUCUAUAAUGGGAAGAACGUACAUUGUAGAAGAGACUGUUGGCCAGUAUCUUUCAAACAUCAAUCUCCAAGGAAAGGCAUUUGUCUCUGGCCUUUUAAUAGGACAGUGUUCAUCACAAAAGGAUUAUGUGAUUCUUGCCACUAGAACACCACCCAAAGAGGAACAAAAUGAGAACCUCAAACAUUCCAAAGCUAAGUUGGAUGACUUGGAUGAAGAGUGGACCACAGAACAUGCCAACCAGGUAUCCCGAAUGCUACCAGGGGGACUUUUGGUUCUUGGAGUUUUUAUUGUUACUACUCUGGAACUAGCAAAUGAUUUUCAAAAUGCCCUGCGCAGACUAAUAUUUGCUGUGGAAAAGUCCGUGAGUAGAAGGAGACUGUGGAAUUUCACAGAGGAAGAGGUUUCAGAACGAGUGAUGCUUCACAUUUGCUCGUCUACAAAAAAAAUAUUUUGUCGAACUUAUGAUGUCCAUGAUCCAAAGAGUUCAGCAAGACCAGCAGAUUGGAAGUAUCAAAGUGGAUUGUCAACUUCAUGGCUUUCUUUAGAGUGUACAAUUCACAUUAAUAUUCACAUCCCACUUUCUACUACUUCUGUCAGCUAUACUUUGGAGAAAAACACAAAGAAUGGACUUACACGCUGGGCCAAGCAAAUAGAAAACAGUGUUUAUUUGAUUAAUGGACAAGUUAAAGAAGAAGAUUGUGACCUAUUAGAAGGACAGAAAAAAUCGUCUAGAGGAAAUACUCAAGCUACUGGUCAUUGUUUUGAUGUCAGAGUGUUAAGAAAUUUGCUCCUGAAUUCAGACCACAGAUCCACAGCCACAGUCCAGAUAUGCAGUGGUUCUGUGAACCUUAAGGGAGCUGUGAAAUGCAGAGCUUAUAUUCACAGCAACAAGCCCAAGGUUAAAGAUGCUGUGCAGGCAAUGAAGAGGGAUAUAUUAAACACAGUUGCUGAUCGUUGUGAAAUACUAUUUGAGGAUCUGCUUUUGAAUGAAAUUCCAGAAAAAAAAGAUUCUGAAAAAGAGUUCCACAUCCUCCCUCAUCGAGUUUUUGUCCCCAUUCCUGGAUCCACUGUAAUGUUAUCUGAUUAUAAAUUUGGUGAUGAGUCAGCUGAAGAAAUCAGAGAUCAUUUUAUAGAGAUGCUAGAUCAUAUGAUUCAAAUAGAAGACUUGGAAAUUGCAGAGGAAAUAAAUGCAGCUUAUAUGAGUUCCUCUGUGAAUAGUCAAGCUUCAUUGGACAACACUGAUGAUGAACAACCAGAGCAAUCAAUUAAAACCACAAUAGCAUUGAAGAUUCAGCAAAACAUAGGUAUGAUCGCAGCAUUUGCAGUUACAGUCCUUGCUGCGGGUAUCUCCUUCCACUACUUCAGUGAUUAGAGUGAGGCACAAAGAUCUUCCUGAUCAUCCAGAGAAUACUGAUCAACAAUUAUGAGUAAUAAAAUUAUAAACAAUCCAUUUGUAUUUAAGAUAGUAGCCACCAAAUCUGCUGCCAUAAUACCAAUGAGGUAUGUUUUCUGACUAAAAGGAAAUCACCAGCUGCCUUGGUUAGCCUGUUUAUAUUAUAGGUGGCCCAGGUUUCCAAAAAUAAAGGUGUGCAUCUAGAGGGAAACUGCAUGUAACAAAUCAUUAUUAUCUAUUUUUAAAAGGCUCAAAAUGAUGGGAUAUUACUGAUCACAGAUAUUAGUCCUACUAAUCUGGAUCACACAUUAAUCAGGACAUUAAAUGCUGAACAGUCAAGUGUUGACUCAUUAUCUUAAUAAUAGAAGAUUAGGAGAAAUUUCUACCAAGUGGGGCAACCUUGGGGUUAGUUCAUCCUCUUGAACCUUUCUAAUAUAUAUUCAUUUCCAAUAAACUGUAUGCUUUUGUUCUAAUCAAGGAGUAGAAAACCUUUCUGGAGAGGUUUGAGUCGUUGAAGAAUGACAUAAAUUAUGUGCUUUUUCAGGUUAUUGUUGACAACCUGAAGUAAUCCUGAAGUAUAUCAUAAUAGUUUUAAUAUAUUUAAUAUAUAAAAUAAGACUUUUUCUCUCAGCAGUAUGGUAGACUAGAAAUUGUAAAACAACUAGGUCCUGAAUAAAAUCUACUUUUAAAUAGGCUCAAAGGAAGUAUGAGAAAUCUUCAAGAUUCACCGCUCUGUUUCCUCCUCUACAAAACUGAAUAUGUUUUAUGUUAGGAAUCACGAAUAUUAUAUUAAGCACAGAAGUGGACUAUGGCUUCCAGUAUGGCAGAUACCAAUAGCAGCAUGGCACAUGUAGUUUGCCUCAAAUCAGAAACAAGGAGAGACCCAAAUCUGAGAUGCUGUUCUAGAAAGGUCAGUUAAAGAAAGUUAAAUGGCCCUCAGUUUGUAGUACUCUAGCUCCUGGCAGAAGCAAAGGCAAAUGUUCCUUAUUUAGGUCUAAGAUUCCCAUAGAUUAUGGUCAAGUAGUAGUAUUUCAUGACUGUAGAUCACAAGGCAUAAGUUGAAACUAGCGAGCAUGAGAAAGAACCUAUAGAAAAAGUAAACAGUGAAUUCAUUUCCCCAAAUCUCAUUACCAACAUAAGAAAUGAAGGAUGUAACCACAGGCAGGUGUGAAAAAGAAACAAUUUAGAACUGAGAUGUAUAUUUAUUGAAGUAAGAAAAAAAGAAACUUUUAGACACAUUGAGUAUCAUUAGCAUCAGGUGAAGAGACAAGAGAGCUGGCAGCUAGAUUUAAGUCAUAACCCACUGAGCAGGCAAGAAAUAAGGAGCUAAAAAUUAUUAGAAAAUUAAUAAGUAUAAAGACCAGGAGGAGAGAAAGGAAGAGAGGCAAUAUUUGAAGAGAUGACGGAAUUUUCAACAUUUGUUGGAAACACAUGAAUUCAUAAAUUCGGGAAGCACAACAAAUCCCAAAACAUACUCAAAUAAAAUUCAUCCCUAGACCCAAGGUAGGAAACUGCAAGGUGUCAAACACACAAAACCAACCCAAAGGGGGAAAAAUCAUCAUUAUAAAGGCAAGACAGAUGCUUAGCAGGCUUCCCAGCUGCAACCGUGUACCGAAGAUGAUAGAAUAAUAUCUUCAGAAUUUUGA